AUGGGAAAAACUCAAAAGAAGAACAGUAAGGGCCGUUUGGAUAGGUACUACUACCUGGCUAAGGAGAAAGGCUACCGUGCCCGUUCUUCAUUCAAAAUCAUACAAAUAAAUGAAAAGUUCGGCCACUUUAUGGAGAAGUCCAAGGUCGUGAUAGAUUUAUGCGCAGCCCCCGGUUCUUGGUGUCAAGUUGCCUCAAACCUGUGCCCAGUUAACUCCCUGAUCAUAGGUGUAGAUAUCGUGCCAAUGAAGCCUAUGCCAAACGUAAUCACAUUCCAGAGUGACAUCACUACGGAAGACUGCCGCUCGAAGCUCAGGGGUUAUAUGAAGACCUGGAAGGCUGAUACUGUGCUACACGAUGGUGCUCCUAAUGUUGGUUUAGGCUGGGCUCAAGACGCCUUCACUCAGUCACACCUAACAUUGCAGGCCUUGAAACUUGCUGUGGAGAAUCUUGUUGUGGGCGGUACUUUUGUCACUAAAAUUUUCAGAUCCAAAGAUUAUAACAAACUUAUCUGGGUCUUCAGUCAACUUUUCGACAAGGUUGAGGCCACCAAACCACCAGCGUCCAGAAAUGUGUCUGCCGAAAUUUUCGUAGUGUGCAAGGGAUUUAAGGCACCUAAGAAGCUUGACUCGAGACUGCUAGAUGCUAGAGAAGUUUUCGAAGAGCUCCCCGAUGGUCCUCAAAACAAUGAGGCAAAGAUUUUCAACCCAGAGAAAAAGGUGAGGAAGAGACAGGGUUACGAAGAAGGCGACUAUCUGUUAUACCACCAUAAGCCCAUUAUGGAGUUUGUGAAAUGUGAAGACCCCAUCGACAUGCUAGGCAACCUCAACAAAUUCACUGUUAAUUCUGAAGACCAUGAAUGGAAGAUUUUGAAGAAGCUCAAGCAGACGACGCCAGAAUUCAUGAUGUGUAUAGAAGAUUUGAAGGUUCUUGGUAAAAAGGAUUUCAAAAUGAUUCUCAAAUGGAGGAAGGCUGCCCGGGAACUACUGGGGAUAGAGAAAGAAGAAGAACCAGUGGUUGAGACAACCCAUUUGACCGAAGAGGAACAGAUUCAAUCUGAAGUGCAAGCGCUACAAGAGAAACAAAGGCUAUCUCAAAAGCGUGAAAAGAGAAAGAAGAAUGAAAUGAAGCAGAAGGAGCUAACUAGAAUGCAGAUGAACAUGCUGACGCCAAUGGACAUUGGUGUCGAAUCCGCGGAGCUGGGGAGAGAGUCACUCUUCAAUCUUAAAUCUGCAGAAAAGACAGGAAUUUUGGACAAACUGGCGAAGGGUAAGAGAAGAAUGGUAUUCACGCAAGGAGAGCUGGCACAAGAUAAUGACGUUCACAUCGCGGAUGACGCUCCUCUUGCUGACCGUGACGAUGCUGCUGAAGCUGACGAGUUGGAAUCUCAACUAAACUCCAUGUACCAAAACUACAAGGAGAAAAAGGCUGAGAAAGACGCGAAGUAUCGUGCAAAACAGGCUCGUGGUGGCGACGACAAUGAGUGGACAGGAUUCGGUGACGAAGACAGCGAACACAGUUCUGCUGUUGAAGAUGAUCAUGUUAGUGAAGAUGAGAAUUCGGAUCUCUCUGACUCUGAUGAUGAUGAAGCAAUCAACCGGCUAAUAGCUAAAAUGAAGAAUAAAGAGGGAGAAAAUGGCUUGAGCUCAAAGGCUCAAGCCUUGUUCAAUCAAUCCAUUUUCGAAGGCGUCGAGGCAGAUUUGCCAGCUCCGGAGGAACCAGUAAAUGCUUCUGUGACUGCACACGUUGAGAGGCUCGAAAGCCUUGGAAAGAACCAAGGAGAUGAAAACAAUCUGAGCCAAGAGAGCAGUAGUGAUUCUGAAAAUUCUGAUUUUGAAGUGGUGGCUAGAGAGGAUGAAGACCAAGUCAUGGAUUCAGAUUUCGACUCGGACGAUGAGAACCAGUCCCAGAAAGAGAAACACGCCGAAGAAAUAGAUAUCGCGACAGUCGAAGCUAUGACACUGGCUCAUCAAUUAGCUUUGGGUCAGAGAACAAAGCAUGACUUGGUUGAUGAAGGGUACAACAGAUACGCGUUCCGUGAUACUGAAAACCUGCCCGAAUGGUUCCUGGAAGAUGAAAGACCUCAUUCAAAGAUAAACAGACCGAUCACUAAAGAAGCUGCAAUUGCCAUCAAGGAAAAGAUGAAGGCGCUUAACGCAAGACCUAUCAAAAAGGUUGCUGAAGCCAAAGCUAGAAAGGCAAUGCGCGCUGUGGCCCGUUUGGAGAAGAUAAAAAAGAAGGCCGGUUUGAUCAACGAUGAUGGUGACAAAUCUGAAAAAGAUAAGGCCGAUGAAAUCGCCAAGUUAAUGAGGAAGGUUACCAAGAAGCAAAAGCAGAAGCCUAAGGUUACCCUAGUUGUAGCUACUGGCAAAAACAGAGGCUUAUCGGGCAGGCCCAAGGGUGUGAAGGGUAAAUAUAAGAUGGUGGAUGGUGUCUUAAAGAAUGAGCAGCGCGCCUUAAAACGUAUUGCAAAGAAGCAUCACAAGAAGAAAUAG